AUGACAGAUACACCUACACCAGCAUUAUCAAGUAAAGAACAAUUGUUUCAUGAUAGACUACCUUGGGUUGAGAAAUAUCGUCCAAAAGAUUUGAGUGGUCUGAUUGCACAUGAAGAUAUUACAGAUACAGUUAGUAAAUUAAUUGCAAAGAAUUCAUUACCACAUCUGUUAUUCUAUGGACCACCAGGCACUGGUAAGACCUCAACGAUUCAAGCGAUUGCACGUAAACUCUAUGGUGAGAGCUACUCUCGUAUGGUAUUAGAACUCAAUGCAUCUGACGAUCGUGGUAUCGACGUAGUAAGAGAACAAAUUAAAACGUUUGCAAGUUCAAUGUUUAUGUUUAGUAACUAUCCUUAUAAAUUGAUUAUAUUGGAUGAAGCAGAUUCUAUGACCAAUCCAGCACAGACAGCAUUGAGAAGAGUCAUCGAAAAGUAUACAAGAACCACUAGAUUCUGUAUGAUUUGUAACUAUGUAUCAAAGAUAUUACCAGCACUCCAAUCAAGAUGUACAAGAUUUAGAUUCAGUCCACUACCAAGAUCGGCAAUCACCAAGAGAAUGAAAGAGAUUAUUGAAUGUGAAUCAUUAAAAGUAAAUGAUGAUGCACUCAAUUCAAUUAUUACAUUGAGUGAAGGUGAUAUGAGAAAGUGUUUGAAUAUAUUGCAGUCGGCGUCAAUGUCGAUCGAUGUUGGCACAACCAUCGAUAAAGAUACCAUCUAUCGUUGUACAGGUCAACCAUUACCAACUGAUAUCAAGAAGAUCUUAAUGUGGUCAUUAAAUCAAAGUUAUAUUGAGGCAUUAAAUAAUAUUCUUGAAUUAAAGAAAGAGAAAGGAUUAUCGUUGACAGAUAUCAUCAAGGAAAUACAUUUUAUGACAUUGAAAGUACCAAAUAUAGGUGGACCAGCUCUUUGGAAUUUGGUAAAGGAACUGUCGGACAUUGAAUACAAUCUAUCGUUUGGUGCAAGUGAGAAACUACAACUCGGUAGCAUGUUAGGUAGCUUUCAAGUAAUAAGAGAUGAAGCUGUAAAAAAUAAUAAAGAUGAUUGA